GAUGUGCUUUGAGUGCUUUGAGCGUCCCAAACAAAUGCGGCCAACAGUUUUUACACAUGUCCCGCAGACCUAUCAUUCCGGUAACUAGUGCUGAUAAAGUACAUCAUGGGAGGGGAGUGUUUUGGCACACCGAGACACACACACACACACACACACACACACACACACACACACACACACACAAUUUCACUUUGCAGCAAUGGUACAAGCACUCAAGCUGAAAAAGAUGAAAUACGAGACAUGUAUUUUCAAGGGAUCAUUUUACCUUUCUUUCUCUAUUAGAAAAUGGUAACCCAGUAAAUGUUAAACACAGGAAACAGACUAUCAGUAACUGCUGAGAUAUGGAAAAAGCUUAAGGCUCUAUCCCACUGCGCUGUUUAAUGAUUCCAUCUGAGAAACAAAGGCGUAUAUCUUUUGGACUUUUUUAUUAGUUUUUUUUCUGGUUGACAGAUGGCGCCAGACGUUCCAAACUUUGGACAUAUUCAGAACUUCCAACGUUUGGCGGAUCUCAUGUGUUACUCUGGCUGAGGAGUAGCUGCCACGUGGCAAAAAGAAGCGGAAGAGGAGGAGGGGGGCAAGGAUGGAUAUUCAGCCCAGUGUAAGAGCCUCCCCGCGGGGAUGCCGGCGUCGGACGCAAGGCCUCACGGGCCGUUGACCUGCUGUCUCUGUGAUUUAUGGCGCCGUUGGGAGGGGGGAGGCUACAGGCCACUGCAGACUCCUCGCUCUCUCCUCCAUCUCCCUUCACACACUAGGAGCUGCACGCACACACUCACACACUGUACCGCUGUCUGCAGGAGGCACCCGUCGAGGAAUUUGUGGUGCGGUGUGAUUUGCAUCACGGGCGUGCACAUGCAUAAAUCCACGAGCCGGAUCGCUGGUUUGUACAUUGUCUCUUAUACACAAAUAAACUCCCCUCUCAACAGUCCUGCAGUGCAGCAAUCCCAUCACACGUUUGUUAGACAAAGCCCGCUCUGCGAGUGUGUGUGGAUUACUAUCAGUCAUGGCGUGUCAGUUGUAGAGCACCAGGGUGGGAGGGGGCAUAGAAAUCGAUGGAAGUGCGCCGAGUAACAAAGUGAUGUUCCCGCACUCACGCUGAGUCCACAUACUGCUCUGCCUCCAUGUAGUAGAACAUUCCCAACAAGUGCUUAAUAAGACAGGAUUGAAAAAUCUUGUGAAAAGGUGUAAACUGCAAGUGAGAGCCAAUCGGUGCCCUCGCCAUGGUGUUGCCGCCCCCCGACAAACGCCAUGUGUGCUUGACCACCAUUGUCAUCAUGACCAGCAUGGCCUUCAUGGACGCCUACCUGGUGGAGCAGAACCAGGGGCCCAGGAAGAUCGGCGUGUGUAUCAUCGUGCUGGUCGGGGAUGUGUGCUUCCUCAUAGUGCUGCGAUACGUGGCCGUGUGGGUCGGGGCAGAGGUGCGCACGGCCAGGCGAGGAUACGCCAUGAUCCUCUGGUUCCUGUACAUCUUUGUGCUGGAGAUCAAGCUCUACUUCGUUUUCCAGAAUUGCAAGGCCGACAGGAAGAGUCUGGAGACGGUGGCACGGAAGGCAUUGACGUUACUUUUAUCGGUGUGCGUGCCUGGUUUGUACUUGGUUCUUGUGGCUCUUGAUAGCAUGGAAUAUGUGAGGACUUUCCGGAAGAAGGAGGACAUGCGUAGCCGUCUGUUCUGGGUGGCGCUGGACUUACUUGAUCUUCUGGACAUUCAAGCCAACCUAUGGGAGCCCCAACGCACAGGCCUGCCCAUCUGGGCCGAGGGUCUGAUGUUCUUCUACUGCUACAUUUUGCUGCUCAUCCUGCCCUGUGUGUCGCUCAGUGAGAUCAGCAUGCAGGGCGAGCACAUGACCCCCCAGAAGAUGAUGCUCUACCCGGUCCUCAGCCUGGUCACCAUCAACAUGGUCACCAUCCUCAUACGAGGCGUCAACAUGGUGCUCUUUCAGGACAGCCGCGUUUCAACCAUCUUUGUCGGCAAGAACGUGGUGGCCAUCGCCACUAAGGCAUCCACCUUCCUGGAGUACCGCAGGCAGGUGAAGGAGUUCCCUCACCCUCAAAACGCCAUGGCGAUGGAGAUGCAGCAGAACUCGGUCAGCCACACGCAAACUCUGCCCAACGCCACCACUUUGCCGCACGAACCUACGCCGGCGCAGGACGUCAUUGACACAUGACCGCCACCGUCUCUUCUGUGUGGACGCUCUUAGAAUGUGUAUUAACCAGCAACAUGACUCAACCUGUGAGUUUUAACCAUAAAACAAAAAGUUGGGAAAUUUGUGUUUUGUAGAUUAAAUCUCUCGUAACAAUGCUUUUUGCCAUUAUAGCUUUGGAAAGCAAACUCCUUUUAUAGGAUACCUCAUUUGAGAAACAGGACCAGUACUACUGAGUAAAUGCAUAAAACGUGCCAGAUCUGUACUGCCUAUGUCAACCAGCAUAUCUGCUGACGCCAGUGACUCUUGUUUUGAUGCUCCAGUACCUCCAGUUACUGCUAAUCAGGCAAUGCCUGCACUGGAAUCUGAACAUGCAGAGAAGCGUUCUGUUCAGCACCUAGUCCAGAUUCUGUCUAUGGAAGAUGGAUCCAUAGGAUCAGAGCUUUCAAAGACGGAGAGACCCUUAUGCAGAUUGCUUCCCUGCUAGAGUAACACCUAAUGUUGUGCGCCGGCAUCUGCAUCACUGGAAAACAUGGCUCGUCAUCCAUCCAUCCAUCCAUCCAUCCAUCUUCUUCCACAUAUCCAAGGUCGGGUCGCAGGGACAGCAGCCUAAGACAAGCCCAGACUUUCCGAUCUCCGGCUGCUUCAUCCAGCUCUUCCGGGCGGUUGAGAGACAGUCUCUCCAAUGUGUCCUGGAUCUUCCCCGAUACCUCCUACCGGUUGGACGUGCCUGAACGCAUCCUGACGAGGAUGUUCAGGCAUCCUGACCAGAUGCCCGAGCCACCUCAUCUGGUUCCUCUCAAUGCGGAGGAGCAGAGACUCUACUGCAAGUUUCAGAAAACGUAUUCCCAGCACUUUCCUGCUUUGUCACCAAUGAGACAAUAAAAUAGCAGAAUUCACCAACUCUUCUGUUGAUUACCGGUGGUGUAAUGGUACGCGCUUCUGCCUCUUGUGGCUGUGCACGCAGAUUCGAUCCCCGGCCAGGGUAAUAUUCAGCAGGACAUGCAAUGCAAACACUGUGGCAUUGAGAUCCUCACGGACACCACCUGUCUGUUUUGCAACGAGUUAUUUCUUGAAUUCAAUCUCACCCUCUGUAUCCAAAUGCUGGCAUUUGCAACUUUCUUUGGCUCCAGUGUGGGUUAUUUUGCAGCUGUGAUCAAUAAGAAAAACAGACUUGUGUUAGUUAGCCAAGAACUACAGAGUCAACCACUGAUGAUGUCAUAGAUGGACGACGGAGCUGGGGGACAAUGACUUCCGGUUCCAGUUUCCAUGCCAACAUGAUUCUAGCGGGGACGUUAAAAACACAGUUGGACUCGCGGUCUAUUAAUAACGUGGCAAAAUGUGCGCCAUAUUGUAGGCUAACCGGGAAAUGUACUCAAACCAAGGUUAAAUUGUUGAGUACAUUUUUGGGGUGUACACUGAGGUUCCACUGUACUCUUAUUACUCCAAAACAUGCAUCUGAUUAAAUUCAAGCUUGAGUCAAAUAGUCAUAACUUUACCUCACCAGUAGGGGUGAAGAUGGCCUUGCCAACAAGAUGCCCCUUAUUUAUUUUUCAGGGAAUUGGCAACCCUAAACCUAACAACACUUCUAGGAUCAUCUUAGGUGCUGUUUAUUCUAGAGUGACUAACUCAACCUUGGUGGCUUGACUUGUGUGACAACCCCUGGUUAAGGAGUGGAAUGCCAUCCCACAGCAAUGUGUGACCAGGAGGAAGAGGAGGUGCCAGGCCGUUGUAGAUGUGUAUGCUUCUUCUAUUGAAGUUAUAUGGUUUCUUCCUUGUUACUGAUAAAACUUCAAGUAUCCAAUCCAAGAAAGACAGCGGUAGAAUGACCUUUUUGGCAAUGCUCAUACUCAGUGGUUGCUGCUUAUCCCACAAAUGCAUGUUCCUUACAAAUGAAGCAUCUUUUAAAGGGCAAUAAAAGGGCUUUCCAAAUGUAUUGGCAAGAAGCAGUGCUACAAAGGAGAAAUAAUCCAAAGAACAUGAAUUUAUCUUUACAUUAAAGCUUCACUGGACUCUCGAGACAGAAAAACAUGUUAAACGUACACUUGUGUUUUUAACUCUUCUGAGGUUUUAAAAAGUUCAAACUGUACCGAGAGACUCCGAACUCAGCAGACCGGAAAAUUUAUGUUGCGUAAAAUGGCGAGUUGGCCCUCCCUCUGUGAGUAGCUUCUAUUUUUUAAAGGUCACAUUUUGUGGCUUUUCCCUUUUGGAGUACAAGCACCAAAAAAAAAAAAAAAAAAAGGGACCACUUAGCUUCUUGAUGCCCUCCAGUCGGGGCAAAGAGGAGCAGACUGUGACAAGCAGCCUUGGCGAGCUGCCGUCUGUGCUGUACCGCAGCGAGGUCGAUGGCGGACCAACGCUUUGCCUGGUGUGAUGGUGUUGUGGAAGCUGCAGCCUCAGGCAGUGUGACGCUUUGGAACUACGGGUUUGAUUAAAGGGGAAGCACCGCAGCACCACUGGACCGUCCACUGCGAGCACACACUCACACAAACACACACAGUGUGCAUCACACACAGUGCAAGUGCAUGCACACAAGUAUAUAGACCCUGUACGCCUGAAAGUGCGUGUGUGCGUGUUUUGUUUAUUCCAGACCAUUUUGUAAUAUAUGCAAGUGUGUGCGCGUGUGUGUGCAGUGAAAAUGAGGAAAAAAAUAUGUUGUGAUGUCAAGAAAAAUAAGAAGUUGAGUUUGUUUUUCUUAACUGUACAUUCCUCAAAACAAACUUUGAAAUGAGAGAAAAUAGAGCGUCACAGUGUUUUGUUGACGGACAGACAAAAGGAAAUCAAAUACAUACAAGUAAACGAAAAUACCUUUCUUCAGUUCAUUCUGAUUAUAAUUUCUAUUAUUCUUAAUAUUGUUGUUGCUAUGAUUAUCCUGUGCAUUAUUUACCAGUGGGAGGCCAAUUAUGUUUUAAUAAAGGAUAUUGAUGAAAACAUUGUUUCUAUUAUUGACAUAUGUUGGCAGUCAAAUGUCACACAGGAAGCUAAUUAGCUAGUCAGCUAGAGUUGUGGGAAAUCGCUGCCCCCUAGGGUUUUGCUAGAGAAUUGCAAGUCAUGAACUAACAUAACUAAUAAUGAUCUGGUGUGCAUGAGAAAAUGGAAACAAAAACGUAAGUUAUUUCUUUACAAGAAUACAGUAAGCAUUUCACGGCUUAUAUAUGCCGUUUGGUGGCUGAAAACGGCCUAUUAGUAGUCAUGAAAUAUGCACAUUUAAGCAUAUUUUACUUAUUUUCGGCCUAAAUUCAGCAUUUUCAAGCAUAAAAAUGGCUAAAUGAACAGAAACACAAAUAUAAAGCAUUCAGAAGACACAUUCAAAAACGUUGUGAUGAUAUGUAGUAUUAUUAGUAUAAUUUUCAAAAAAUUAUAAC